UCAAGAUCCAGGUCUGAACUAGCCAGCGCUUCAAAGCCGAUGUCAAGUCAAACGUAGUCGUUCUGGUUUACUAAGAUAAUCGGUUUCGUGAGUUAAAUCAGGCCAAGACAGUCUUUUUGGAUUUUUUCCCCUUUUGUGCAUUUUUUGUCUUUAUUUAUUUCUGGGAAUACGAAGUUGUAACUACUUUGGUGAAAAGCUACGUUAGCUAUGGAGAAAAUGUCUAGACCUCUCCCAAUAAACCCAACUUUCCUACCUCCAACUCAUGGCGUUUUGAAAUCCUUGCUGGAAAAUCCAAUGAAAUUACCACUUCACCACGAAGACGGCUUUGGAAAAGAAAAGGAGAAGGAAAAGAAGUUGGAUGACGACGGGAAUGCACCGCAGUCAGCUUUCUUGGGCCCAACUCUUUGGGACAAGACUUUGCCUUACGAUGGAGACAACUUUCAGUUGGAAUACAUGGACCUUGAGGAGUUUCUGUCGGAAAACGGGAUCCCCUCCAGUCCCUCUCAGCAUGACCAGAGCCAGCACCAGCAUCAACAGCCACCUCUGCAGCAGGUGCCACCCCCAGCGGUCCCCUCAGUCAUGGACCUCAGCAACCGUGCCACCACCUCCAUUCACACAGCCAUGGUCUCUCAGAACUGCCUUCAGAGUCCCGGCAGAUCAGUAUUGCCCUCGUCUCGCAAUACCCCCAGCCCCAUUGACCCAGAGACCAUCCAGGUUCCGGUAGGCUAUGAACCAGACCCGGCGGACCUGGCGCUCUCCAGUGUCCCUGGCCAGGAGAUCUUCGACCCCCGCAAGCGCAAGUUCUCCGAGGAGGAGCUGAAGCCCCAGCCCAUGAUCAAAAAGGCACGCAAGGUCUUCAUCCCUGAUGACAUGAAGCAGGACGACAAAUACUGGGCGAGGCGCAGAAAGAACAACAUGGCAGCCAAGAGAUCGCGAGACGCCCGGCGGCUAAAGGAGAACCAAAUCGCCAUCCGGGCCGGCUUCCUAGAGAAGGAGAACUCAGCCCUGCGCCAAGAGGUGGCAGACUUGAGGAAGGAGCUGGGUCGCUGCAAGAACAUUCUAGCCAAAUAUGAAGCCCAACACGGGCCUCUGUGAGGAGACUUCCUCCCCCACCAACUGCCCCCCGCACCCCCA